GACAGUGUGGUUAUUUCAGGGGGUGAGGGAGCUCAUGACAGGCGUCAGCUGUCACAUAUCUGCUCAGGUGAGUCACCCCGGGCUGUGUCACGGUGUGGAGUAUUGAUCUGCAUGGUCACUCUCUAUGUGAGCACAGUCCAUCGUAGGCGGGAGCAGCAGCAGCGGUCAAAUCUGCUCUGGUUAGGAGGGGCCCCAGUGUAGAGGUAGCAGCAGCAGCAGCAGCAGCAGCACUGUGGCUGUGGUGCAGACCGGAGCCCCGAUACAUGCCUGCAUCUCAUCCAGUCGUGUGGAGCCGCUAGUUGCGCACAGAGACGCGUCAGGGGGACACAUCGGACUGCAACUCGGUGAACAGGAUCUAACUGCUGCUUCGCGGACGAACACCAGGUGGCCAGUUGCUCUGGUAAACCCCAGAUAAGAUGUCUCAUCGGAGUGGUCAAGAGGACCCAGAACGGUACCUGUUUGUGGACCGGGCUGUGGUGUACAACCCCGCCACACAGGCUGACUGGACAGCCAAGAAGCUGGUGUGGAUACCCUCAGAGCGCCAUGGUUUUGAGGCGGCCAGUAUCCGGGAGGAGCGUGGCGAGGAGGUGCUGGUGGAGCUGGCCGAGAACGGGAAGAAGAUGGUGAUCAACAAGGAUGACAUCCAGAAGAUGAACCCACCCAAGUUUAGCAAGGUGGAGGACAUGGCCGAGCUCACCUGCCUGAAUGAGGCGUCUGUGCUGCACAACCUGAAGGACCGCUACUAUUCAGGACUCAUAUAUACAUACUCUGGCCUGUUCUGUGUGGUCAUCAACCCCUACAAGAACCUGCCCAUCUAUUCAGAGAACAUCAUUGAGAUGUACAGAGGGAAGAAGAGGCACGAGAUGCCUCCACACAUCUAUGCCAUCUCUGAGUCGGCAUACCGCUGCAUGCUUCAAGAUCGUGAGGACCAAUCAAUCCUUUGCACAGGUGAAUCAGGAGCUGGCAAGACCGAGAACACGAAGAAGGUCAUCCAGUACCUGGCCCACGUUGCCUCCUCACACAAAGGACGCAAAGACCACAACAUUCCUCCCGAAUCUCCCAAAGCAUUCAAGCUCCAGGGUGAGUUGGAACGCCAGCUCCUGCAAGCCAACCCCAUCCUCGAAUCUUUUGGCAAUGCCAAGACAGUGAAAAAUGACAACUCAUCUCGCUUUGGGAAGUUCAUCAGAAUAAACUUUGACGUCACGGGCUACAUCGUCGGGGCCAACAUUGAAACUUAUCUUCUGGAGAAGUCGAGGGCCAUCAGACAGGCCAAAGAUGAGAGGACCUUCCACAUUUUCUACCGCCUGCUGGCAGGGGCCGGAGAGCAUCUCCGAACCGACCUGCUCCUCGAAGGUUUUAACAACUACCGUUUCCUGUCAAAUGGCAACAUUCCCAUCCCUGGUCAGCAGGACAAGGAAAACUUCCAGGAGACUCUGGAUGCCAUGCACAUCAUGAGCUUCUCCCAUGACGAGAUUGUCUGCAUGUUGAAGGUGGUCUCUGCAGUGCUGCAGUUUGGCAACAUUGUCUUUAAGAAAGAGAGGAACACUGAUCAGGCCUCCAUGCCUGAGAACACAGUGGCGCAGAAGCUCUGCCACCUGCUUGGGAUGAAUGUGAUGGAGUUCACCAGAGCUAUCCUCACCCCGCGGAUCAAAGUGGGACGUGACUACGUACAGAAGGCACAGACCAAAGAACAGGCUGACUUUGCUGUUGAAGCCCUGGCUAAGGCAACAUAUGAGCGUCUGUUCCGCUGGCUGGUCCACCGCAUCAACAAGGCCCUGGACAGGACCAAACGUCAGGGGGCGUCUUUCAUCGGCAUCCUGGAUAUCGCUGGCUUUGAAAUUUUUGAGCUGAACUCAUUUGAGCAGCUUUGUAUCAACUACACCAACGAGAAGCUGCAGCAGCUCUUCAACCACACCAUGUUCAUCUUGGAGCAGGAGGAGUACCAGAGGGAGGGCAUCGAGUGGAGCUUCAUCGACUUCGGCCUGGACCUGCAGCCGUGCAUCGACCUCAUUGAGAGGCCGAAUAACCCUCCUGGUAUCCUCGCUCUGCUGGAUGAGGAGUGCUGGUUUCCCAAGGCCACCGACAAGACCUUCAUAGACAAGGUCCUCCAGGAGCAGGGCACACACACCAAGUUUCAGAAGCCGCGUCAGCUCAAGGACAAAGCUGACUUCUGCAUUAUUCACUACGCAGGGAGGGUGGACUAUAAAGCUGAUGAAUGGCUCAUGAAGAACAUGGAUCCCCUAAAUGACAACGUGGCGACGCUGCUGCACCAGUCAACUGACAAGUUUGUGGCUGAGCUCUGGAAAGAUGUUGACAGAAUCGUGGGUCUGGACCAGGUUGCAGGCAUGAACGAGACGGCGUUUGGUGCCGCCUACAAGACCAAGAAGGGCAUGUUCCGCACCGUGGGUCAGCUGUACAAGGAGCAGUUAUCGAAGCUGAUGGCCACACUGAGGAACACCAAUCCCAACUUUGUCCGCUGCAUCAUCCCAAACCACGAGAAAAGGGCUGGUAAACUGGACCCCCACCUGGUUCUGGACCAGCUGAGGUGUAACGGUGUGCUGGAGGGGAUUCGUAUCUGCAGACAGGGCUUCCCCAACCGCAUCGUCUUCCAGGAGUUCAGACAGAGGUAUGAGAUCCUCACCCCGAACGCCAUUCCCAAAGGCUUCAUGGAUGGCAAACAGGCCUGUGAGAGGAUGAUUAAAGCCCUGGAGCUGGACGGCAACCUGUUCCGUAUCGGCCAGAGUAAGAUCUUCUUCAGGGCUGGAGUCCUGGCCCACCUGGAGGAAGAGAGGGACCUGAAGAUCACUGACAUCAUCAUUUACUUCCAGGCCGUGUGUCGGGGAUAUCUGGCACGCAAGGCCUUUGCUAAGAAGCAGCAGCAGCUCAGCGCUCUGAAGGUUCUCCAGAGGAACUGCGCAGCCUACCUGAAGCUGCGUCACUGGCAGUGGUGGAGACUCUUCACCAAGGUGAAGCCUCUGCUGCAGGUGACCCGGCAGGAGGAGGAGAUGCAGGCUAAAGAUGAGGAGCUGGUCAAGGUGAAGGAGAAGCAGACCAAGGUGGAGGGAGAGCUGGUGGAGAUGGAGAGGAAAUACCAGCAGUUAACAGAGGAGAAGAACAUCCUGGCAGAGCAGCUGCAGGCGGAGACAGAGCUGUUCGCAGAGGCUGAGGAGAUGAGAGCUCGCCUGGCCUCCAAAAAGCAAGAGCUGGAGGAGAUCCUUCAUGACCUGGAGUCCCGGCUGGAGGAGGAAGAAGAGAGGACCCAGGGCAUGCAGAACGAGAAGAAGAAGAUGCAGUCCCAUAUCCAGGAUCUGGAGGAACAGUUGGAUGAGGAGGAGGCUGCCAGACAGAAGCUGCAGCUGGAGAAAGUGACGGCUGAGGCCAAAAUGAAGAAAUUUGAAGAGGACAUUUUGCUACUAGAAGACCAGAACUCCAAGUUCCUCAAGGAAAAGAAGCUGUUGGACGACAGAAUCAAUGAGAUGACCUCGAUGCUAGCCGAAGAGGAAGAAAAGGCCAAGAACUUGGGAAAGGUCAAGAACAAGCAGGAGAUGAUGAUGGUCGACCUGGAGGAGAGACUGAAGAAGGAGGAGAAGACCCGUCAGGAGCUGGAGAAGGCUAAGAGGAAGCUGGACGGGGAGACGUCCGACUUGCAGGACCAGAUAGCCGAGCUGCAGGUGCAGACAGAGGAGCUGAAAAUUCAGCUGGGCAAGAAGGAAGAUGAGCAGCAGAUGAUGCAGGCGAGGGGCGAGGACGAGAUUGGCCAGAAGAACAACGCUCUGAAACAGGUGAGGGAGCUGCAGGCCCAGCUGUCUGAGCUGCAGGAGGACCUCGAGUCGGAGAAAGUGGCCAGAAACAAGGCUGAGAAACUCAAGAGGGACUUGAGUGAAGAGCUUGAGGCCCUUAAGACUGAACUUGAGGACACCCUUGAUACAACCGCUGCCCAGCAGGAACUUCGGACCAAGCGAGAACAGGAGGUUGCAGAGCUGAAGAAGACCAUCGAUGAGGAGACUAAAAACCAUGAAUCUCAGAUCCAGGAGAUGCGACAGAGGCAUGCCACCGCCUUGGAGGAGCUGUCUGAACAGCUGGAGCAGGCCAAGAGGUUCAAGGCCAACCUGGAGAAGACCAAGCAGAGCCAGGAGAGUGCCAACAAGGAGCUGGCCUGCGAGGUCAAGGGCCUGCAACAGGCGAAGGCGGAGUCUGAACACAAGAGGAAGAAGCUGGAGGGUCAGCUGCAGGAGUUCAUGGCCAGGGUCACUGAGGGAGAGAGGGCCAAGGGGGAACUGUUGGAACGUGCACACAAACUACAGACUGAGUUGGACAACGUGUCCACCUUGCUGGAGGAUGCAGAGAGGAAAGUUAUCAAGACGACCAAAGACGUCUCUGGAUUAGAAAGUCAGCUACAAGACACACAGGAGCUGCUCCAGGAGGAGACACGUCAGAAGCUGAACCUCAGCAGUCGUAUACGCCAGCUGGAGGAGGAGAAGAGCGCUCUGCAGGAGCAGCAGGAGGAAGAUGAGGAGGCGCGCAAGAACCUGGAGAAGCAGAUGUUGACUGUACAGGCUCAGCUGUCCGAGAGCAAGAAGAAGCUGGAGGAUGACGUUGGAACAAUAGAGGGACUGGAGGAGUUGAAGAAGAAGCUGCAGAAGGACCUGGAGCUGGCCAGCCAGCGUCUGGAAGAGAAGACCAUCGGUUUUGAGAAGAUGGAGAAGACAAAGACCCGUCUGCAGCAGGAGCUGGAUGAUCUGACUGUAGACCUGGAUCACCAGAGACAGAUCGUCUCCAACCUGGAGAAGAAACAGAAGAAGUUUGACCAGAUGCUGGCUGAAGAGAAGAGCAUCUCAGCCCGUUACGCUGAAGAGCGUGACCGCGCUGAAGCUGAGGCCAGGGAGAAGGAGACCAAAGCUCUGUCUCUGGCCAGAGCUCUGGACGAGGCGCUGGAGGCCAAAGAGGAGCUGGAGAGGGUUAACAAGCAGCUUCGUGCCGAAAUGGAAGAUCUGAUGAGCUCCAAGGACGACGUGGGCAAGAACGUCCACGAGCUAGAGAAGUCCAAGCGUACUCUGGAGCAGCAGCUGGAGGAGAUGAAGACUCAGCUGGAGGAGCUGGAGGACGAGCUGCAGGCCACAGAGGACGCCAAGCUGCGUCUGGAGGUCAACAUGCAGGCCAUGAAAGCCCAGUAUGAGAGAGACCUCCAGGGCCGGGACGACCAGAACGACGAGAAGAAGAGAGCGUUAGUCAAGCAGGUGCGAGAGAUGGAGGCAGAGCUGGAGGACGAGAGGAAGCAGAGAGGUUUGGCUGUAGCUGCUAAAAAGAAGCUGGAGAUGGAUCUGAAGGAUAUAGAGGGUCACAUAGAGGGAGCCAACAAGGCUCGAGAUGAAGCCAUCAAACAGCUGCGCAAGUUACAGGCCCAAAUGAAGGACUACCAGCGAGAGUUAGAAGACGCCCGCGCUUCUAGAGAUGAUAUUUUCGCCAUAUCCAAGGAAAAUGAGAAGAAACUGAAGAGUCUGGAGGCUGAGAUUGUACAGCUGCAUGAGGACCUGGCAGCAUCUGAGAGGGGCCGACGCCACGCAGAGCAGGAACGAGAUGAGCUGCAAGAUGAAAUCUCAAACAGCACCUCUGGAAAGUCUGCUCUGAUGGAUGAGAAGAGGAGGCUGGAGGCUCGCAUCGCUCAGCUGGAGGAGGAGCUGGAAGAGGAGCAGGGCAACAUGGAGCUGCUCAACGACCGCUUCAGAAAGACAACCAUGCAGGUGGACACCCUGACCACAGAGCUGAGUGCAGAGCGCAGCACGGGACAGAAGAGCGAAAACGCUCGGCAGCAACUGGAGCGUCAAAACAAGGAGCUGCGGGCCAAGCUGGGAGAGCUGGAGGGUUCUGUGAAGAACAGGUUCAAGGCCUCCAUCACCGCCCUGGAGGCCAAGAUAGCACAGCUGGAGGAACAGCUGGAGCAGGAGGCCAAGGAGCGAGCAGCCGCCAACAAGACCGUGAGAAGGACUGAGAAGAAGCUGAAAGAAAUCUGCAUGCAAGUGGAGGAUGAGCGUCGCCACGCCGACCAGUUUAAAGAACAAGUGGAAAAGGCUAGCUCUCGUAUGAAGCAGCUGAAGCGUCAGCUGGAGGAGGCCGAGGAAGAAGCCACGAGGGCCAACGCCUCACGCAGGAAACUGCAGAGAGAGCUAGAUGACGCCACCGAGGCCAGCGAGGGCCUGAGCCGCGAGGUUCACACACUCAAGAACCGCCUCAGGCGCGGCGGCCCCAUCAGCUUCUCCUCCACUCGCCCAGGCAGACGUCCUCUUCAGGUCGAGGGAACUUCCUUGGACCUCCUGUCCGACGACGAGCUGGAAAACAAGAUCACCGACAACAAUGCCAAUGAGACGCCGGCGCCCCAGCCGGAGUAGAGGAGGGAAAGCCUUAACUUUUGCUCCCCCAUCAGCGAAUCAUCUCUCAGCCCCAACACAGAUACUUCCUCCCAGCUUGAAUAGGGACCCUCGUCCUGCCCCUCUGGUCCAUGUCUGUAAAGAUCUGAUCUCUCCAAACACAAGCAGCAUGAUCUCAGCCACAGAAUCCCCAUAUUCCUAAACCUUAGCAGACACCAGCAGUUGGACCCCCAACGCUCUCUUUACCAACCCCACUUAAAGUUUUAAAGAAGCACUACUCUGCCUUACCCCUCCUCAAGCUGCAGGGCUGCAUAACGCCAUAGCAACUUCCAUAAUGCGUCGAGUACUUCAGUAACCUGAAUGGGAGCUGAGCUGCAUCACAGAUAGAAGUGCUUUACUUCAAUAAUGCACAAAAACAGAUGCACAUGUGCAGACAUCGUCGACUAAAAAACCCGCACACAUUACAGACACAUGAACCCUCUGAUUGAGCUCAUGAGGUGAUGAUAAUUAUCCUCUGCUGGACCGGUCGACUGUAUCAUAAAGAUGGACGAUGUGACAGCUCCCCAAAAGUGGAGCCCCCUACCCCCUGUUGGACAAACUAAUUUUUCCCCAAAGGUGGUGUCUGUCAUUUUGGGCAGUUCUUAUCAUGCUGAUGUUUGUUCAAGUUUUUGUUUUUCUGAUUUUGGUUUUAAGUAGCUAUUUGCAGCCCGUUAUCAUUCUCAACUCGUCAAAGGCCGCCGCUUUGUCAGUGAUUUUAGCGUCAGAUACUGACACACAAAGGCUCCUUUCAUGGUGAUAUGAUACACUGCCGGGCAGCAACAGCUUGUAACGCCACCGACAGCAACAUUAUAAAAAGAGCUGUAAAGUCCCUGUAUGUCGGGCGGGAGGGGAGGUGGAUGGGCCCAACAAUCCCCGGACAUUGAGGGGAAAUAGGGAGUGCAGCACUGGGUUAAGGCUCUGUGUAGUUAGCUGUAAAAUAUCAGGUGCACUUCAGGAUGAGGCAAAGAGUCACUUAAAGAUAAAAAACAAUGACUGCCCAGCUCACUCAGUGUAAAAGCCGCGUAGGCAGGCAGUCCAAAAAUGUAACCACGGCAAUCUGACUGUAGUUGAAAAUCCUUUAAUAAUACACAGACAACUAACACAGGGUUUAAAAUGCACUGGAAACAGGUGUGCAAUUUAAAAGCUCAUGUGAGCAGGAAGGUUUGUUGCUGAGUUUAUUUUGUAAUAUAGGUUGAGAAUGAAACCAGGCGGGGAAAGACAGAGUGACGGACCUGUCAGUCUACGUGUCAUUCUCCUCUGCAAACUCUGAUUUAAUACUUUUUCGCUAUGUCUGGUGAAACUCUUGUGGUUUUAUUUCUCUUUAUCAAUGGUAACCAUGGCAACAGGAACAAUCCCUUUUUGUUCUGGUCACAUGUUCAACACACAGUUGCUGAAGACAAAAAUGUAGCUCAGACUGGUUGUUAGUCGUUACAGACACGGACAGUGCAACAGGUACCAGAAUGCAAAGUUAACAUUAGCUGAAUAUUUGUUAAAAGUGUAAAAAGUCCACAGACAAAGCGGCGAUAUUUGACAAGUUGGGAUGCGAACAUGUUAUUUGAUACUAUUAAAAGGGGGGGGUUAAGCUGUGUGUGCCAAUCGUUGUGCUUGUGAUUAAUGGCGCUGCUCGCGAUUGGUCGGACGGCGGGAACUCGGUACGGCGGAGAUCACUACUGCACAGACUUCAGCUCCAAAUGACGUCACAAGCACAAGAUGGCAGCAGCUGUAUCCGGGAUAUUUUGGCUUCAUUUUUGCACCGUGGGAGGAAGUGAAGACGUGUCGUCCAUCUUUAUAUACAGUCUUUGGUUGGACCAGUAUUCAGCUGUUUAAAAUGCUUCCAGAUGCUAAAAUAACAGCGUUGCUAUAUUGGGAAGGAACAGAUCAGGAUGAAAGCAAACUUUAUUUUUGCAUCAAUCUACAGUAUAUACAGUAUGUCCAUCAUAUGAAUCAGUUUAGUUAUGUUAGUCAAACUGUAACUGAAUAGUAUUUUUCCAGUCCUAUGCUAGGAUUGUUUGCUUGCAUAUGAAUAUAGAAAUGUGACUGUAAGCUGCCUUGUCGCCUCAGUGCUACAAAACGUUGCUCUUUUUUGACGGUUUUGUUUUCUCAUGAUGAUGUUUGACAGUAGGUCAGUGCUGACUUGUAAUUAUUUUUGGUGUGAGUGCUGAAAGCAGCGAUCACACUCAUGCUCUUUUGCUUUCUUCUUCUUCUUCUGUGCCUUUUUUCGCUCUCUCAAAACUCAAAACCCAUUUAUGCCACAUAUACUGUUCAUAUAUUGAACCAUGCCGAAGGUAUUUUCAUAAAAUAUUCAUAAAUUUGCAUAUGUAAUGAGACAAUAGUGGGAAACUGAUUUUUCUUUGAUUUGUAUGUCCUGCUACAGCUUGUAUGUUACCACAACGAUUGAUAUGUCGAACCGUGCGGGAUUCUUUGUAGAUGGGUGCUAUGACUUUUCUUAUUGAUAACUUUUAUACUUUUUGAGUUAUUAAGAUUUAAAAACAAUCCAAUAGACAUCAACUGUAUUUAUAUCUGCUAUUGUAUACAGUGCAAACUCCAUUCAUAUUUCAAAAUGCUCAGUAUUGCACAUCGAUCAACUGUACCUAUGCUCAUUAUCAUGACAUGUACAGUUUAUGAAUUAUUAGGAGCUAUAUGAUACAUUAAAGUCUAUGGAGCCCAA